ACUGGCUAAUGCACACAGGUUCCUCUUUCAUAAUCUGUUCAGAUGAGUAUAAAAAGAGAUAAACCAGGAGGAACAGCCGGGGGCAGUGAAGUAAUACUCAAAGGUAGCCCUUUUUAACGUAACCAAAAUGGGGACAACGCUUUAUGUGUGCUUAUUAGCAGCUCUGCUCUGCAGUGCUGUUCAUUGUGACCGCCAUGGUAAACACUCUAAGCAUAAAGAUGAUCAUGACCAUGGACACCACCAGCAAGGUCAUGGCCACCACGGUCACGGUGGCCACAGCCACCACCAUCAUGGCCACCACCAUCAACGCGAUGAGAUCCUGUCCCAUAAAAUUGCAGAUAAGAACAAUGAGUUUGCUUUCAAAUUGUAUAAACAACUGGCCUCCCAGAAAGACGGGGAAUCAAAAAACAUCUUCUACUCUCCCCUAAGCAUCUCCAUGGCUCUUUCAAUGUUGUCACUGGGUGCGAAGGGUGCAACACACAACCAGAUUUUUGAAGGGCUCGGAUUCAAUGAUACGAAGAUCAAUGAAACCGAAGUGAACAAAGCCUUUGCGCACCUUUUGGACAUGCUCAACCUGCAGACAGAGCUGAAGCUAUCCACAGGAGGCGCGGUCUAUGUGCAUGAGGGCUUCAAGCCAAUUCCCAAAUUUAUAGAGGAUCUUAAGCAUUUUUACCACUCAGAGGGCUUCACUGUCAACUUUAAAAACACCAGUGAGGCAAUGGACAUAAUAAAUAAGUAUGUGCAGGACAAAACUCAUGGCAAAAUCACUGAUUUAAUCAAAGACCUGAGUCCUGAAAGUGUAAUGCUUCUAGUCAGCUACAUGUUUUUCAAAGGGAAAUGGGAAAAGCCAUUUAACCCUGAAUUCACUCGUGAAGGUGUGUUUAAUGUGGAUGCACAUAAAACCGUUCCAGUUCAGAUGAUGUCCAGAAUGGGCAUAUUUGAUGUUUUUCAUGAUAAAGACCUGUCCACUGAUGUACUGAAGCUCCCGUACACUGGAAAUGCCUCGCUGAUGCUCCUCAUGCCUCAGAAAGGAAUCAAAGACCUGGAAGAGGCUUGGUGCAAAGAGCAUUUUACAAAAUGGCAUAGAAACGUACAAAGAAGACGAUGGCAAGUUAUUCUGCCCAAAUUUUCAAUUUCUGCAACGUAUUCACUUCAAAAUGUACUGUCUGAGAUGGGCAUUACAGAUGUGUUUGGUAACACAGCAGACCUGUCAGGAAUAAGUGAAGAGGUGAAGCUGAAAGUAUCUAAGAUUGUUCACAAUGCAGCGAUAGACAUUGAUGAGAAGGGAACUGAGGCAGCGGCAGGCACUGGUAUUGAAAUGAUGCCCCUCUCAAUGCCUCCGACAUUAAAAUUCGACAGGCCUUUCCUGCUUGUGCUUAGCAAUCACAAUACCAAGAGCAUACUCUUCAUGGGAAAAAUAGUCAAUCCUUCUGAAAAAUAAAACUGUUGUCAUAGUCUGUCUAAUCACUAAAGCUGCAUACUGAUUUUUUGUAUGUUGUUUUCUGGAAGUGAUAUUAAAAACAUCAUUGCAGUUAUAA